UUUUAAUUUUUGCCGCAAACAAGCCGCUACAGUGCGUCGGAUGCGGUGGAAGCGGGGAAAAAAAGAGAAAGAAACCGUAGCAGAUAUGAACCGGCUUCCUUUGUCUGCAAAAGCUCUAUGAAUGCAAACGAAGAUUCUUAUUUCUCCUCAACAAAAAAAAAGCCGGAUUUGCUUCCUCGCCGUUCAGUUUGAGAAGCUGUGCGCGGAGACUCUGCCUCCCUCCUCGAGGACCCCUCUCCAAACUGGUUACUGAGUCGGCUCUCGCGCGUCGGGAGGACCGAAACCGGCCGGCAGCUCUGACCUGCCCGGGACCCGCUCAUGAGCCUUUAUGGGCUUACGGCCAGGGAUGACAUGCAGGGAGGAGGUGAUGCAAUUCGGCGAAACCCGUCACUGUUGAUCUACAUCUGAGGCCCUGCUCGACGCCUCGGAAGGAGUGGGCCGUGCUCGCAGGUCGCGCGACACACUGAGCGGACUGCAGGCCUUUGUAAACAAACACAUUGCCGCACUCGAGGGCCAGCACGCGUCCACAGGCACGGAUCACGCCAGUUUCUGUCGGUAGAUGCUCUUUUCUCUGACGCUCUUCCUGUGGAGGCUCUAUCGACAUUUCUCCAUCAUGUUCAGCUCCGACAGACUCACAGUCCCGGACUAUGUCAGCCGGCUGCAGAGAGGGCGGGGCGGAUCCGGCCCCGACCCCAGAGCAGUCUCCCCGGGCAUCAGUGCCGAAGUCCAGUUGGUUUUGGACAACUCUCUCCCCGCCCUGCGCUGCGCCAUCAGGAGGCUGAAGUCAGCCAAGGACACCUCUGAUUCAGAUGAGACCCGCGGGGCCAUCGCGGAGAUCUUUCAGCUGGUGGAGGAGGCCUGGGUUUUGCCCACCGUAGGCCGUCGGGUGGCCGAGGAGAUCUGCAACAGGAUCCGGCUGGAUGGAGGCCUGGAGCUGCUGCUCCAGCUCCAGCAGACAGCGGCUGUGGAGAUCACGUAUGAGUCUGCAAAACUGCUGGAGCAGAUUCUGAUCUCAGAGAACAGAGAUUAUGUAGCACGUAUGGGUCUGGGGGUCAUCCUCAACCUGACUCGGCAGCAGGAGGACGCCCAGCUGGCUCGCAGUGUCUCAGGGAUCCUGGAGCACAUGUUCAAACACACCGAGGAGACGUCGGUCCACCUCAUCUCGAACGGUGCCCUGGACGCCCUCCUCUUCUGGUGCCGGGGCACAGAUCCCACUGUGCUGCGACACUGUGCCGUGGCCCUAGCUAACUGCGCCAUGUAUGGAGGCCACCGCUGCCAGCGAUGGAUGAUCGAGAAGCAGGCAGCUGAGUGGCUUUUCCCAUUGGCCUUUUCCAAAGAGGAUGAACUUAUUCGCUUCCAUGCGUGCCUGGCUGUGACUGUGCUAGCUGCAAACAGAGAAAUUGAGGAGGAGGUGGUGAAAUCUGGGACCUUGGAGCUGGUGGAGCCCUUCAUUGCAUCUUUGGAUCCGGACGACUUCGCUCGCAGUUUAUUGGACAGUGCAGACUGCAUGCAGGGGAAGACAGCAUCUGAUCUCCAACACCUCUUGCCAUUACUGGACGGCACAAGACUGGAGGGAAAGUGCAUUGCCGCCUUUUACCUUUGCGUUGAGACCAGCAUCAAGUCUCGUCAGCGCAACACAAAGAUAUUUCAAGAGAUCGGAGCGGUGCAGAGCCUAAAAAGAAUCGUCAUGUACUCCAGUAAUGGUACGGCCUGUUCCCUCGCCAAGCGGGCGCUGAGCAUGAUGGGAGAGGAAGUGCCAAAACGUAUCCUGUCAUGUGUUCCCAACUGGAAAACCUGUGAGGUGCAGACGUGGCUGCAGCAGGUUGGCUUCAGUACCUAUUGUGACCGUUUCCAGGAGCUGCAGGUGGACGGAGACCUCCUGCUAAAUAUCACAGACCAGGAUCUGAGCAGUGAUCUGGGCAUGACUGCCGGGCUUACCCGAAAAAGGUUUCUGAGAGAUCUGCGUGUGUUGAAAACAUAUGCCAACUAUUCCACGUGUGACCCAAACAACAUGGCUGACUGGUUAGUUGAGGUGGACCCUCGUUUCCGUCAGUACACCUACGGCCUGGUCCAGUCAGGGGUGGAUAGCAACAACGUCCAGAACCUGACCGAUCAGCAGCUCCAGCUGGACUGCCACAUAGACAACGGCGUCCACAGAGCCAAGAUACUGUCGGCUAGCCGCAGGCCUCUAAAACCCUGCCACAUAGAUGCCCAGCCUGCAGGGCCCGACGUGUUCAUAAGCUACCGCCGGACCACUGGCUCCCAGCUGGCCAGCCUUCUGAAGGUGCACCUGCAGGUUCGAGGAUACAGCGUCUUCAUAGAUGUGGAGAAGCUGGAGGCCGGUAAAUUUGAGGACAAACUGAUUCAGAGCGUACAGCGAGCGCGUAACUUCAUCCUGGUCCUGUCCGCCAACGCGCUCGACAAGUGCAUGGGUGACACUGCCAUGAAGGAUUGGGUGCAUAAGGAGAUAGUCACAGCCCUGGCUGGUAAGAAGAACAUAGUUCCUGUCACGGAGAAUUUUAUGUGGCCGGACCCCAUGUCUCUGCCAGACGACAUGAGAGCAAUUCUCAACUUCAAUGGCAUCAAAUGGUCCCAUGAAUAUCAGGAGGCCACCAUCGAGAAGAUCCUUCGCUUUCUCAAAGGACACCAAGACCUAACCGACGGCCCAGACGCCUCCAAAGGCCAGAAAAAGAAAUAAACUGACAUAAACACAGUUUGCUAUAAUAACUUUCAAUGAUGCCAAAUUCCACAUGGUCUAUGGUAAACUGGCCGGCAGCUUCCCCUGCUCUGCCCAAAUGCAUGUGAGGUGAAUUUGAUUAUGGAUUAGAUUAUUAAAUUACACAUUCACAUGAAGACCUAACAUAAAUAGACGUAAUAUACCGCAAACAAUAACUGGAAUUAAAAAAAAAAAAGGGAG